AUGUUGGAUGCCUGUAAGGACCUGCAAGACUUCAAAGAGGGUGAGUACGUUUUGAGUGACAUUGUAGGCCCCGCCGACGGCUUUCGCAUCCAACUGAGCUUUUACCCCUUUGAGUCCACAGCAGCAUAUGUAAAGAUAUUCUUUGCACCUGGCUGUGAGAAAGGGCCUUGGACUGCUGAGCAGCUGGCUUGGGAAGUGCUGAUAUCAGAUGAUGCUUGGGAACGCACAACAACAAAUGACCACGACAACUGGGUCGAAUGUCCUUCAGGCUGCUUCAUUAAGGACGAAGAUACUUAUGAUAUGGCAGAAGGCGAGACCGAGGACAGUUUUGGGGGGGUCUUCACUCCCCCUUAUAUCAUUGACUUUGAAAAUGAGCUGUUAUCAACCGUGCAUGUCCGGGCAAAAGUAAGGCUGCCAGCACCUGAAGAAGUUGCAAAGACCUUUCUUUCCAGCGUGGACCUCACUCAGCAGGUUACGCAAGUGACUUUCAGGCUUUCCACUGGGCCAUGCUUGUUCCUGGACAAGCGCGUUCUGAUGACACGCUCCGAGUAUUUCCGAAAAAUGCUCACGGAGCCUCGGCUCAAAGAAGGAAGAACAAACGAGGUGGAUUUGAGCAAAGAUUCCACCAUCAACUGCAAAGCCAUGACCGCAUUGCUGCGCUUCAUCAUGUCGGACACAUUUGUCCAUGCAGAGGACCUCGAAGACCACGAAUAUUAUUUUGACUGCAGAAAGCUGGCAGAUCGCUACCAGCAGAAGGAUUUCUUGGUCCACGCUGAGAAAGCCCUCCUGAACUUGCUCUCGCCCGAGAAUGUGCUGCUAUUUUUGGGCCGCGUCAUCGGCAGUGGAGGCUGUCUGGAAGCGGCAUGCCUGAAAAUGGUUAGAGCAAACGACUGCGAAGUCUUGGAGACGCAGUCGGAAGAGCUGCGCGCAAUCAUUCGGCAGGACGCUGACCUCACGACGCUGCUGUUUGACCUUCUCGAUUUGCGCGACUUCGAGCAUGGCGAGUACGUCGCAAGUGACAUAUUCGGCCCAUCAGAUGGAUGGCGUGUACAGCUGCAUUUUUAUCCGUGCCGGUCUGCCUUUGGCCAUGUAGAAGCAUAUGUGCAGAUGUUCCCUCCUUGCGGCUGCGAAGAACAGUCUUGGACGUGUGAGCAAGCAGAUUGGCAAAUUGUGCUCAAAGAAGAGGGUAAUUUUACGGGGUGCAUUAUGGAAAGUCGAACAGACUUCGAAAGUAAGGACGGAGGAGAUUGCCGCGGGGGAGAGUUCAGCCCAGAGUAUACCAUUGACUUUGACAGAAAGCCAGAGUUGACUUUGAAUGUACGUGCAAAAAUGAUGGUGCCAGCUUCUGCAGACAUGGCAGCAAGCUUGCUGUCCAACGUGGACUUCACUCAGCAGCUUACGCAAGUGACUUUCCGGCUUUCCACUGGGCUCACGGAGCCGAAGCUCAAAGAAGGACAGACGAACGAGGUGGAUUUGAGCAAAGAUUCCACCAUCAACUGCAAGGCCAUGACAGCCUUGCUGCGUUUCAUCAUGUCGGACACCUUCGUUCACCCCGAGGACCCUGGUGAUUACAGCUAUUACUUUCAUGUCCGCAAGCUGGCGGAUCGUUACCAGCAGAAGGAUUUGAUGAUCCGCACAGAAACA